AUGUUCGGCGUCGUCUUCCCGGACCACACCUUCCCCCUCGACGCCACCGCCUUCGCGCAGGUCGCGCCCACCUCCUGGCUGCUCGACUUCUCCACGCUCUCCCUCCCCUCCGCGCCCCGCUCCGCCGUCGUCUUCCUGCUCCCGCCCGCCGCCGCCGCGCUGCCGCCGGGCAAGGCCGUCGCCGUCUACUACCAGGCGGCCGCCAACCGCCCCUUCGCCUUCCUCGGCGCGCUGGGCGCCGCGCGCCCCUCCGCCACCUUCCGGCUCCCGGAGGCCGGGGACGAGCCGGAGCCCCCCGCCGGGCCCGCCAAGCUCGGCGUCGCCGUGGAGGACGCCGCCGCGCUGCCCCCGGCCCCCGAGGAGCAGCGCGCCGAGCGGGUCGCGCUCCGCGUCGGCGAGAACCUCUUCAAUUUCAUGCAGUCCUUCUGCGCCGCCGACGGCGGCAAGCUGAUUGUGCCCACGGAUAUCAUGGACCGCUGGUUCCGCAAGUUCCAGGAGAGGGCCAAGAAGGAUCCCUCAUAUCUCAAGAGCUUUGACUUCUGAGACCAAAG